AUGAGAGAGAUUGAGAAAGAGAACCCUCCCCUCCUGAACCUCCACCCCUACCCAAUCCACGCUCUGCCACCACCUUUAAAGCUGCCCUUCUGUCCUCCUCCGAAAGAACACCCUCUAUGCUCCUCUGACCACCCUCAAGCCUUCAAUCCUGAGGUUGAAUCCUUCAUCCCUCUCCCUAUCUCCACCCUGUCUUCCCUGAUAUCACCGUGGUCUUCUUCAGUAAUCAAACCUGUGGGGAAAUCUUUUGCCACGGAUUUUCUCAUCCAGCGCUUGGUGGUGCUUUGGAAUUUACCCACACCGGUUUCUCUCUCUGCCAUUGGUAGAGGCUUCUUUGUGGUCAAACCCCCACCUGCUUUACUUCCAAAAAUCCUUGAAGGUGGACCAUGGUUUAUAAACUCCACCUUCCUCGAUGUUCAACCUUGGAUGCCUGGAUUUAAGCCGUCGGAAGCAUCAAUCUCAUUAUACCCUGAUUGGGAUGAGAUAUUCAGCUCCUCAUUCGCAGCUGCUAUGUACUUGAAAUCCAUACAAUUUCCUCCCAAUAAAAAGGUUUAUGUUAUUGGUGGAGAAGGCAUUGUAGAGGAGCUGCACCUUGCCGGCUUUACAUCCCUUGGUGGCCCUGAAGAUGCUAAUAAGAAAAUUGAACUCAAACAAAAUCUGUUUUUUCACCAUGACAAGACUGUAGGAGCUGUUGUGGUUGGAUUGGAUCAGUAUAUUAACUUUUACAAGCUCCAGUAUGCAACACUUUGCAUUCGUGAGAAUCCAGGAUGCCUAUUUAUUGCUACCAACCGUGAUGCUGUGGGACAUAUGACUGAUUUACAAGAAUGGCCCGGUGCUGGAUGUAUGGUUGCUGCUGUAUGUGGCACAACUCAGAAAGAGCCCGUUGUGGUCGGAAAGCCAUCAACAUUCAUGAUGGACUUCUUAUUAAAGAAAUUCAAUGUUGACACCUCCAGAAUGUGCAUGGUGGGUGAUAGAUUGGAUACUGAUAUUCUAUUUGGACAGAGUGCUGGCUGCAAAACACUCCUUGUUCUCUCCGGUGUGACAACACUGCCUGCUCUUCAGGACUCAGCAAACAACAUCGUGCCAGAUUACUACACAGACAAGGUGUCUGACUUGCUACAACUAUUGGGACCGUAAUUAUGUUACAUUUCAGUGACCAGUGGACCUACACCUCCCAGCCCAU